AUGGGGCCUUCACGAUCUCUCCCCUGCCUCGUCCUCCUCUUCCUCGUCGCCUCGUCCAGGGCUUCCGUCUUAGAGGACGAGUGCAAAUCCUUCGCCGCCGGCCAUCCGGCCAUCGGCUACGACUACUGCAUCAAGUUUUUCCAGGCCAGCAAGGACAGCGCCACCGCCGACAAGCGCGGCCUGGCCGUCAUCGCGUCGAAGCUCGCCGGAGCGGCAGCCAGCGGCAUCAUCAAGCGCAUCCACGCCCUCGUGGCCUCGGAGAAGGACAAGCGCAUCCAGAUGGCCCUCCACGACUGCGACCAAUUGUACUCGCAAGCCGUGGACGAGCUCGAUGGCGCGGCUAAAGGCGCCGCGGCGGGCACACCGCGAGGCAAAGCGGACGCGGUGGCGUACGUCAACGGCGCGUUGGGCGCCCCCGGCACCUGCGAGACCGGGUUCGGGGAGAUGGGCGUGGAGUCGCCGCUCGUCGCCGAGUACUCCGAGUUCACUAAGGAGGUCUACAUCACGCUCGAUGUAACGCACUCGUUAUAA